CUGCGGCUGUAACUUGUGUAAACACACACACACACACACACACACACACGCGCGCGCUCGUGCAGGACACACCCUGGUACUGUAAAGCAUCACAUGACUAAUAGUUGGACGCUCGGCUCAGAUCUCGGCAGUAACUCUCGCCGCCUCCAUGGUCAGACUCCAUUCACUGACUCUCAAACACGAGGCGAGGAAGAGCUGAGACGCUCUGAUCUUCAUCAUGAAGUCUCCCAGAGUCUGCUUCGAGCGGAACGCCGUGAUUCUGUGAGUUUGAUGAUUAACUGAAGCAGAUAAGAGUCAUGGAGGAGAACGAGGAAGUGCAGAGCCUCUGGAAGUCGCUGGAGCCGAGCGCGGAGGUGAAGGUGGUUCUCACGGUGCUCUACAGCCUGAUCCUGGCGCUGGGCAUCGUGGGUAACAGCGUGACGCUGCACGUGUCCCGGCGUCUCCAGCGCAGCGGCUAUCUUCAGAAGAGCGUGACGGACCACAUGCAGAGCCUGGCCUGCUCCGACCUGCUGGUGCUGCUCAUCGGGAUGCCCGUGGAGCUCUACAGCGCCAUCUGGUUCCCGUUCUCGUCCUCGUCCGCAGACGCUUCCUGCAGGAUCUACAGCUUCCUGUUCGAGGCCUGCAGCUACGCCACGGUCCUCAACAUCGCCUCGCUCAGCUUCGAGCGCUACCUGGCCAUCUGUCACCCGUUCCGCUAUAAAGCGCUGUCGGGCCGGCGCUCCAGGGCCCUGCUGCUGGGGGCCUGGGUCUGCUCGGCCCUCGUGGCCCUGCCGCUGCUCGUGGCCAUGGGCACCGAGGGACUGGCCCUCGAGGGUCGGCAGGGGCCCGCGCAGAACCUGACCUUCUGCACUAACCUGAGGCAGCACUGGGUCAUGUACCGCACCAGCAUCUUCACCGCCUUCCUCCUCUACCUGCUCGUUCUGGGCUCCGUGGCCUUCAUGUGCAGAGCCAUGAUCGCCGUUCUCAGGGUCCCGAUGGGCCCCAACGGAUCCGGGGCCGACGGCGCUCCCAAACACGAGAGCGCCCGGAUGAAAGCGGCCCGCAAACAGACCAUCGUCUUCCUCGUGCUGAUCGUCUGCGCUCUGCUCGUCUGCUGGAUGCCCAAUCAGAUCCGCCGGCUGAUGACCGCCGCCGUGCCCAAGUCUGAUUGGACGGCGAGUUACCUGCGCAGCUACGUCCAGCUCCAUCCGGUGGCCGACAGCUUCUUCUACCUGAGCUCGGUGCUGAACCCGCUGCUGUAUAACCUGUCCUCGAGCCAGUUCCGCUCGGCGUUCCUGCAGACGCUCCUGUGCCGUCUGUCCCUGCAGCACGCCAACAGAAGAACGCUGGACAGCAGCCUGGCCUCCAAGAGCUCGGGGAACACCUCCCGUCCACUGCUGCGCCGCUCACGGGCCACCGCCGGCCAACCGUCACCGGCAGAGAGACAGAGCCCUCCUGACCCCACCGGCCGACCGCUGACCUCUGACCCUGAGGACGACGAGACCAGUCCACCUGCUGGAGAACACUUCAGACUACCGGAGAACGCUUCAGACCACCGGAGACCGCUGACCUCUGACCCUGAGGACGACGAGACCAGUCCACCUGCUGCACUACCUGACCCUGACUGAUGGACAGACCACUGAAGACCGCCGUAGACUGGUGAGGUGAGGUGAGCUCACACUAUCUCAGCGGGACACGGAUCACGGAUCAGAUCUGAGAGGUUUCUGGGAAUCAUUCAUCAUUCUUCAUCUGGACGAGUUUGUAUUUGAGACAAUAUACUAAAAACCAGCUGUGUGAGAGCUGUUAUGAGAGUUACGAACAAGACUUCUGUGUUCUAAGUGUUUUAUUCUUCAUUAAAUAGUAUUUUUUGAGUGUUACAGUAGACUACACUCUUCACAUGGAGAUUUCACUACACCUUUAACCUAAACCCCUGUGAACCAGUCUGGGAUUUGUUACUUUUAUUGAGUUUUUUUCCAUAAAUUAAUCCUGAAAUGAAUUACAAGUACACACCCAUGAAAUUACACGUAAACUGCAGCAUUUACUGGAUUAAUUGUUUCAGGCCAAAGCAUCUUAAUUUAUGUUUGACAUUUUGCUUGUCAAAACAAUAACUUUUACUUUUCUAGAAAAUCCUUCUUGAUAUAAUCAUACAAAAAAAAACUGGCUUAAAAAAAAUUGAUGAAACAAAAUUCGAGUAAGAAAAAAAAGGUUUUUAACCAUUUCCCAAGAACAGCUUUUAGAAACAUCCAGCAGAUGAAUCAUUUUACAUCAUAACUGAGCAAACGGAGGAACUGUGAUCGAUUAUUAAACACGUUUAUCACAGCUGUGUCUGAUCCGUCUGUCUGUGGUUCAGCUUUGAUCUGCUAAAAAUCACUGAUCGCUGAAAGAAGGCUAAUAUCAGACAUGAAUGCUGUUGAGGGGCUUUUGCAAGGUUAUGAACUGACAUUAAUUAAUUUCAGCUGAAGGCACGGACCAGAAGCUGAGAUACACAGUGAUUCUUCAUGUGAUAUUUCUGUUCUGAAUCUUCAGUCACAGAUCUCCAGAGAGACAGAGACAUGAUCUGAAGGCCUUUUCUCAGCUCAAGAAGCAGAUCUUUUCUUUGCAUGCUCCUCUGCUUUCUGCUGAACAUCACUGGAUGCUGGAAACAAUCUUUUGAUUUAUAAAAGUUCGAUCAAAUGAAAAACAUUUAGAUUUGUGUUUUCCCCAAUUAAAGGGAGCGUGACUAUAUCUGAUAGAUGCAGUCAUUUUAAUGCAGUAUUGUAAACUAUUUAUUUCAAAUUUUGCCACAUAAACUUUUGUCACUGACCAAAAUUAUUUUAUUUCCAUUGUUUAUCAUAUAUAUUAUGAUAAAAUAAUAUGAAGAGUUUAUUUGCAAAAACUGAUGACAUCAUUUUUAACAAAGUUUUUCAUUGUGCAUUCCAGUUAAUCUCA